AUUUUCGUUGCCGGCGCGGAGUCGUCUAUGAGGGGCCGCGUGCGACGACAAUCGUCAUCGCAAUCGCCGGGCGAUCGCUGUCGGUACUCUACAAUCGCCCUCGUCGCUGCUGGCAGCGUACGGACGAGAGGAAUCGCGCGUGUGGCGUGAUAAAGUACGUGAUUUACGGAUACUUGGUGUGUUUACGUGGCCGCGUUCUAUCGGCCGGCGCGCGGUGUCUCCGCUUGUUUUUUUUUCCUUCGGCGAGUCACAUACAAUACAUUGCGUAUACGCGCGCGCUUUAACCCCCUCGCCGACCAGCUGACUCUCCCGCGUUCUAUCUCUCUUCUAUCUCUUCUCCGUCUCUUUCAUCCCGGAACUGACACUUGGAACCGCUGCCGGCGAGGCUUCGCCGACGAUGUAUUACCUGGUCGCGCGUCGUCAGCGAGCCACGCCGCUACGUCAAAAGGGUUGAAAAGCGAGAGAGGAUCCAUCGGGCUCGAGAAACGCAAGGAAGUGCGGUUCAAUUGCCGCUGCACGAGCAAUUGGGCACGAGCGCGAUCAAGGAGGUAAAUACCCAUUGGAAGGUAGCUGCGAGAGAAGCGGUGAAGGUCACGGAGUCGAUCCUAAGGGUGGCAUCAUGGACUCUCAUCAGCACCAGUUCUGCCUCAAGUGGAACAGUUUCGGCAACAAUCUAGCGACGGUAUUCUCGAACUUAUUCAAAAGCGAGAGUCUCACCGAUGUCACCCUGUUCUGCGAGGGAGUUACAUUCAAAGCACACAGGUUAAUUCUCGCAGCAUGCAGCAAGCACUUUCAGGAGCUAUUCGAAGGAAUGCCGCCUUCUCCCGCGGGACUGAUCGUUAUUCUCGACGGGACGAGUGCCCACAAUAUGGCGUCCCUCCUCGAAUUCAUGUACCGUGGAGAGGUACACGUUUCCCAGGAAUCCCUCAGCUCCUUUCUCAAGGCAGCUGAAUGCCUACAAGUUAAAGGUCUAACGUUCGAGCAUGAAAAGCUGGCUGUGGCGCAGAGGCUCGUCGCCGAGAGCAACAAUACCUUCUCCACGGACGAAGGCAAUGGCGGAGGCGGGGGUGGCAGUGGCGGCGGUGGUGAUAGCGUUCGGGGUAGUGUCGGAAACGGUAGCGAUGGUGCUGUCGGUGCUGGUAGAAUCGGCGGCAAUGGGGGCGGCGGCGUCGGCGACGUGAAUGAUAUGAGCGAGGCGGGCGAGGCCACCAUGGUGAGGAAUACUAUGAAGAGGACCCAAACACCGUCGCCCGUCCCGGCGUAUCCCGUGCCCCCCAUGUACGCUUCUCAUUACUACGACAGUCCGUCGAAGAGGCUGAUGAGAUCGCCGAGCGACGUCGAUUCGCUGGGAAGAGCGAGCGUGUUGUGCGACGGCGCUACCCUGCGGCCGAGGUCCGUUCCGGAGAACCACUUAUACACUCAAUCGUUCAUCCAUUCCUCCGAAACUCCUUCGCUUCCCCACACCGCACCGCACACGCCCACGGAACUGGAACAGCUGGAGCGAGCGCGAUCCGAGGAGCGCAACAACUGUCUCUCUGAGCUCAAGGAGAGCGUUGCCGAAGAUCUUCGAAUAAAACAGGAGCCAGUGGCACCGGUCGGAUUGACCGAUCGGGAAAGGGCAGAAAAGUUGGCGGAGAGGUUGUCCGGCGAGUCUUAUCCCGGACGGGGGUUUGACGCGAGCGCGUACGGCCCGAAUUCGGACCAUCUGCCGCACGGAGCGCAGCUGGGUCCGGUGAUGGUGUCGAUGCCGCCAGCUCAUCCGCCGACUCCCGAUCAAAGUCCCGCGCCCACCACGCCCGCUAUGUGGAAUGCGAAGAUCAACAAGGCCAGCACUGUCUCCACUAUGGGCGGUAAAAAACUGAAGUGUCCCUACUGUGAGAGACUGUACGGCUACGAGACGAAUCUGCGCGCUCACAUACGGCAACGUCACCAGGGCAUCAGGGUGCCGUGUCCGUACUGCUCGCGGACAUUCACCAGGAAUAACACUGUCAGGCGGCACAUCGCGCGAGAGCAUAAGGUUAACUGCAACUCAGAAGACAACAACAUGAAGCUCUUCCCACAGUCCAAUCAUUCGCUCUCGGAUAGCAUGCAGCAGUAACAAAGUCCUCGUCGUCGCCACCGCGGUCGCCGUCGCGGUCCGCGCGCGGUGGUAUCGGGACCAGCGGUCCCGUGAUCACUCGCUGGAGCCGAUCGCGAAGAUCGCGCCGCGGGUAGAGCGAACGAGACGAAAGGAGAAGCUGCAGUAGGUACCUUCGUUUUUCCCUUCGUCGUCGUCGUCAGCGAACGCCGUCCCGGUUCCUCGCCCGAGAGGAACGACCUCUUCCCGUGCGCUCUUCGGCAUCGUCGAGGAACGCGAUCGUGAAGAUUCGAUUGACGGACGGAAGAAAGAGAUAGAAAGAACGCAAUGCGCACAGCGCAUUCCUCGGAGGCACGCUCGCGAAAAUGCUGCGAAUCACAAAGCUAGUCAAUGAAAGUGCAACGGUCAAGUAAGGAUUUAUUAACUAGAAGCUUUUUCACGGGCGAGAGUUGGCGAGUGAAGGUAAAGAGCGGAGCGAACGCAGCGCGAAAUAAGCACGACACUUCACAGAGUCACACAAGCGCAGGCGACUGCGACGAGAGAACAAUGCAAACUCAGGUAAAUCUUAAAGAAAUCGCGGCACAAGGCGCAGCGCGACGGAGACAGAGCGCUGAUCUUUUUGAUAGCUCAACGUUACCAUAGAUCGGAUUUACUCGCCGUAGCAUCUUAAUCGUUAACGCCGUUAUUUACCGAUAUAUACAAUAUUUCUGAUACUAUCAUCGCUGUUGAGAAGUCGAGCCUAUAGGAUCGUGACGUCCGUUGGGUGAUGUCCAUCGGAGAUAUCGUUACGACACGCGCGUUCGCGCACACACAGUGCCAAAAACGCUGGACGCUUUUUUUACUCUGGGCCGUUCACACCUAUCAGCUUUCGGUUUUUCACCGUUUUCGCAUACGCACGCAUACGCAACAAAAAAUGUGACACACAUAUCCGGAAAAUCGCGCCCGAAGAUGACACCCGACGAUACGCACCCUUUUUAUACAGAUGCGAUUUUAUAUAUGACAUUUACGAUAUUACUGCGAUUCUAGGGCGGACGACUGUCAUGCGAUUUAGCCGCGGGGAAGCGCGCGACCGCCGAUAGAUAACUUCCUGGCGAAUGCGCAUGACGACGACGCGAACGGCAACAAGUCGAUCGAGCAAUAAUCACGUUCAUACAUCGUCGCACUACCGCGUCGAUAUCGAUCUUUCAGCUUUUUCCUUCUCUUCUCAAAGCGCGCGUCAGCCGCUCGUCAAUUGCCACGCGUUCGCCACGGAAGUUGGUUCGCGGCGCGGCGCAUCCGCGGCGAAACGAUCACUACCACUUUGUUACCUGUUUACAAUGUUUAAAAUGCGGACUUUUGUCCGGAGCAAUAGUCGCGUACCGAGAAUUAUAGAGUAUAGCCAUCGAUCACGUGAAAGGAAAUAGUGCGCGCGGUUCGCGCGCGGAAAAUAGUUGCUAUCCCGGUUGUAUAAGAUGUGAUCAAUGCAAUAGAUUUAUAUUACACAUUACCUAUAUGUAUAGAUAUAUAGAGAUAUACUCCUAGUCAGGAUGGCACCCACGAUAUUACUUGUUACAGUAUUUACACUUUAUACAGAUUCUCUCUUUAUUUUUUUUUUCCGUUUUACUUGUUCUCCCCUUUAUUUUUUUCUUUUUUUUUUGCAGAAAGUUUAAAUGGUUAUUCUCACAACGAUACCGCCUACCGUAAGUUAUCAGAGACAAUAGAGACGAUAUAGAGAAUUAUUUAGUAUUUAAAAGCGUCGUGCGCGAGCUGGAGAUACAAUAGUAUAGAAACCGGAGAGAGUUAAUUUUUUUUCUUUUUGUUUCUGUUUUCCUUUUUUUCUUUUUUUUUUUCGAAUGCUGAAAUACGCGAGAGCACUCGUCGCGCACGCGCGCGCAUACUCUGCCAAAAGUAUGACAGUACUACCUCAUCGUUUUGCAAUGCAUUACACACAUAUACACAGACAGGGAACAUAAUAGCGAUUAUACCGUAAAUAAUAAAAACCUGUACAUUCCGUACAGCCGCUACUAUUAUACUACUUCGUCCUGUUAGCGUCGAAGCAGUUCUCCUGCCAUUGCUACCCUGACACUGGGUGACACAAGAUCGUGGAUUUCGGAGCCGCCUCAGCGAAUUCUCCAUCUGUCAAUCCUAAUUCAUUCCUUCUUCUUCAAUCGCAGAAAUUGAUUCACACUAGUCAAGCGUACAUACGUACAUACGUUCGAUAAAUCUACUUAUUCUCCGUUUGCAAUCAUUCUCGUGUCCCGCUGAAAGAAUUCGCCAAUACGAAAGCUCCGAGAUCCUCAGAUCGCACGUGAUAUCUAUCUGUACGUAUGACAGAUCCGUUUUCUUCUUUUUUUUUUUUUUAAUCGCAAAAGCGCAUUAUGCUAAAAUAACAGCACGUAUGUACAACUGUAAACCGUAGCGAGGAGUGAGUGAGCGCGAGAGCGAGCGAGUGCGUACACAGAGUAUGCGUGAAGAGUCAUGGAAUACGAGUUUUCGGGGGAAGGAGCACAUUGCGAGAUCCGUUGUCGAAAUUGCGUACGCGUCGUCCGCGCGUUUUGGACACGCCGCGCGUGGAUGGUCGCACGUUUUGGUCACACCGUUCUUCGUCCCGGGGAAAAAAGCGAGGAGGUGAUGAAAAAUGAGGAGGGCGGUGGAAAAGCGAGUGUCGAUCGCCGGGAAAAUCGGCGAGAGGACGCGCCGACGCGCUUGUGAGAAACAAGACGAAACAAACAAAAAAAAACGAAUUGGUGGAGGAAAAAUUUUAUUCGGAUUUACGCCGAUUGUCUUGAGGGCGCACGAAGUUUAACCGGAGAUGGGAUUGAUGAUGCUGGACGACGGAGAUUACAUAGUCAUAGGGAAGUUGAUUCCCGGGUAGGAAGAGACCGCGGGAAGGAUAUUCAAAGAUGUUAUGUGUCGUUUACGUAUGUGAUGAUAGGAACAUACACACACGCGCACACACCCGUACACACUCUGUACACGGAAGGUUGGGUUGGGGGGGGGGGGAGGUAGGAAGGGAGGGAGUUACACAGGUGGAUGGCACACAGACACACGCUCGUGUAAAUAGGUAUGAUCGCGUAUGCCAAGUUAUAAUGUGAAUCUUUUACUUAUAUAUAUAAUAUAUAUACAAGAUAAAUAUAUAUAUUGUUUUCGGCUGUUCUGCUAAGCAGAGGCAAAGGCGGGAGGGGGGAAGAGGAUACCUUUAAGUGGUACAAUGAAUUAGCGUUAAGUUUAAGAAGUAGGAGACUCGAGUUUAUCGGCAAGUGGAGCGGCGAAAUUCUGAAAGUUAGCGUAAUAACGUCAGAACGCGGAACUUUUUUGGGAGGGAGUCGGUUAAACCCAGGGUUUAAUUGUUUUGUCAUACGUAAGAAUUAGGAGUGCAUACGUAGUAAAGGUAUUUCACGCCCGACACUUACAUGAGAAACAUAUAUACACAUACACACACACACACACACACACACACACAUACACACACAAACAGACAUACAAACGUACACAUAUAACGCAGCACAUAAAAAGAGCGAAAGACAAUGUCAGUCGACGGAAUUACAAAAAGAAAGAAAAAAAAUGACACACGUACCUAAAAGAUAAUCAAUGUAGAAUUAAAAUGAAUUUAGGAUUAGUCGUAUAUUAUCGCGACCUCGGCUAUACGUGUAAAUGUAUCUUCUUCCGGAAUUUGCAUAUUUCUUUCAGGAUGGACUUUCUUUCAUCUUUCGGAAAAUCGGCGUUUUAUUCGACCUUCUGAAUUGAUCUGCUGAUUUCGUCGCGUCACUUUGCUCAAAAGUGUCGAAUGUUGCGCUUUUGAAUGAUUACAAAAUUUAUUUUUUUUGAAAUUCUUUUCAAUUUUGUUCGCGUCAGCCCCGAGUCGCCGACUCGGGGAUGACACUUUGGAUUCGUUGUUGCGAUUGAUUCUUGUCGAGAUACGCGUAAGUGGGAUCCGCGGCUGGAAGUCAAAACGCGCUUUCGUUGAAGUUUUCGCGGUCGUCGGGUCCGGUAUACCUGGUGUAAAAAUUAUACUUGGUCUAUAUGUAUAUAUAUGUACACGCAGAACACGAAUAUACACACAUACACACACAUACACACGACACUCGCGCGACACGUAUGUAUGUACCAUUAUUGUAUCACGGCGUAGGAUAAAAUGUUGCAUGUUGUUUCUAUAAUAUGUGUUUUACGGAUUGAGAAUCCUUUAUAGAUGUCGUGUGUGACACAAGGCUUGACACGAGAGGUGAGGGAAAUUCACACCGUGGCUCGCUCGAGCGCGCUUUUCGGGGCAACGCGAAAAGAAAAACUGAUUAUCGAAAAAAAAAAAGAAUUCGAGUGAUUUGGAUUUUCCACGAUGCAUUGCUCGGUUCCAAAUUCGUCCAAUCGGAUAAUAAAAUCUUCCAAAUUGAGAAAAGCGUAAGCGUUGCAUCUUUUCGAUCUUUUCUGUAAACGUUAAAGGCAAUUGAUCUGAAAAAAAUAUUACAUUACAACGAUAUUAAAUUGUAAUAAUUAGGCCCGGUUGCAAAUUCGAAAAUGCACGCUCGAGUUUUGCCCGAACGGACGAUUGUCACGGUGUGAACAAGUUGCCUUCCGCAACGGGAAACCUUCGUUACCAUUGACGUCGCGCGGGCAGCGAGCUCCAGGACAGUUGAAAAAAAAAAAGGAAAUCGCGGCUGCCCGCGGGAGGGGAGGAAGGGAGCAAAAUUGAUGUCAUCACUGCACCUUACACCGCGCGCAGAGAGUGCACUGGCAACUACUGUACCGUUUGCUCGUAUAGUAUAUAAUAGUACUAUACCGUAGUUGAUAAUGAUUACAUGUAUCACGCACGCAUAUUUAAAAUCGACGAAGCAAAAGAAAAAGAGAAAAAACGAAAAAAAGCAAAAAGGAGAUGAGGCGGAAGAGGACAAAGAAAAGAAUAAGAAACAAACACACGGCGUAGCGAUGUCGCAGAGCGGGACCUCGAAUGUUCGGGGGACGAGCGGCACGUUUCCCGGCCGCGACUUAUAGUACAAAGUAAACGUAAUGUUUAAGGGUUAACAAACGGGAAAGGCAGGAUGUGUGGAUUUUGUAAACUUACUAUACACGCUGUAAAUUUUAUAAGUAAUACAUAAAAGGAAGAGAGCAUACCAAGCGCGCGCCGCGCGGCCGAACGCGUCGGGGACGAGCUCGUUCGCCGAGGACACCGUUCCGCACGAUCGGCCUCCGCUCACGAUCACGAUGACGAUUUCGCCGUAUCCCCGUAUUACCUCAUCAAUAAAGUCUCGUCCGAAGCGUCGAAAGUCGAACGCUCGACAAGAUCGGCCGAGUGACGAUUCUCCGGAAGAUCCGCACGGGCGCUCGACGGCGAGACGUUUCGGAUGCGCCUAUCUUUCGCGCCCGUUUCCUCAUCUUAUCAAACAAUAAGACUGAUCUCCCAUCGUGGCGACGUAUGCGAGAACACUGCCACAGAGGCCGGGCGGGACCUCAGCGACGGAGUUUCGUUGUCGACGCGCUCAAACGGCCGCGGCCGCGCCGGCAAUAAACGGAUCACAAUACUUCGUAUCACACACUAGUACAAAUGCUACCUCACACACGACAUACAGGGUGCGCACAGGAUGAAGAAGAAUUACGAAAAUCUCUGUAAAUAACACAGUAAAGCGAUAGUUUGCAAGAUUGGAUCCGGAUCGGCGCGUCGCGCCGCCGCUGUCGGUCCCGUCUCGGGAAGGGGAGCGGCGAAAAGAGAGGAAGCAGUGGAAAAAGACUGCCGAUGGUCGGACGGGGCACCCCGAGAACGCCGACGCGGCGCGCGGCGCGCCGCGAGUCCUCCUCUCAGGAAUAUGAAAACCAAGUACAAACUACAAAGUAUAAUAGUCGAUAAGGUUCUUAAUAAACAUAAAUCAAUGAAUCAAGCGAUGCAAUAGUCGGGUGUAUAGUAGGAACUGUGUCGGUGUGUUCGUUCGUUAAACACCCUUUCUCUCUGAUGUGUAUAUCGCCGGGAGUUCGUUAAUGACCGCCGCGUCAAUUCUUCGAAUCGCUCGCCACGGAAAUCACCGCCGGAUUUCUAUCGCCGAUUUUUCUCUCGCGACUUUCCCGUACGACACGGCCUCUCUCGUGCGCGUGUCGGCGGUUAACACACAUAUAAUAUAUAUUAAAAAUUAUAUAUAUAAAUAUAUAUCUAUAGCGGGUCCACGCGCGCUUCUCGAGUUUCUUUAUCACGCGGCUCUACGCGAAUCUUUCUCUCGCGCAUUAAACGCGCGAAAAAAUGUUCUCGUUACUACAAUAUAUAUUUAUUCUUCGUUAACUCGUUUCUUCUCGUCCAGUGAUGUUGCUUUUCCUUUUCUCUCGUAUAGUAAUCGGCCCGUCGCCGAUCGAUUGUUCCGUUUUCCGGUUUAGCCGGCCAACUGAGGCACGUCGCUUCAAUCCCACCGAGUUUGAUAAUUUUUUUUUUUAUAAUAUAUGCCUAGAACGUAAUGUGGUUACUUUAAAAAAAAAAAAAAAAAAAAGAUGGGAAUUCCGUACAACAUAGACGCAGAUUAAGGCUUCACUCCGUUUUCCGUUUCGUCUCAAUGAACGCGAAAAUCAUCAUCGGUAUCAAUGAAAUCCUCUCCUUCUCUGAUCAAUGAGCAAUUGCCAGAUUUCGUUUCCGUUUUCUUUGUUUUUCAUUUUCUUUUUUUUUUUUUGUACCUUUUUUUCGUUUUAAUAAUCGACGCCACAUCGGUGGCGGAGAAACGCGAGCUUUUCGUUGGAUCGCAAGUUGUUUGUCUAGUACUCGGAGAAUACUGAUAAUCAAGACCUCACCAACGCUUACACAAACGCACACAUGAUGAUACAACAUAUUGAUAAGUAUACGAAACCGCUUCUACCUCAAACUCCGUAUCUAUAUUUAUAUAUAUAUAUAUCGAGAUAGUUAUUCGCGCAUCAUCUACGGUCCUUCGAUUCCUCUGUUUCUGCGAAGUAUUAUUUUCGUUCUUCGUUUUUUUCUAUAAUCGCCGCGUAUUUACGGCGGAGGUGAAGUCGUAGAUAUGCCGGCACCGGACACAGUGGGCAACAGACGAAUGAGAUUUAUACGUAAAUAUGCAUAUAUAUAAAUACAUAUAUAUUUAAAGAGAGAGAGAGAGAGGGAGAGAGAGAAAGAGAGAGAGAGAGAGAAAUAGAGAAGGGAAUAUAUAUAAUUAUACCCAUUGGACCUUCCACGAUAUCACAUACCCUCCCCCUCCUUUAUCCGAGUAUAAAUGUAAAUAUAUCCGUUUAUAUUUAUUUAUUUAUGUUUCUAUGCGCUGGACGCGUCUAUGUUACACGCAAUUGCAAAUUAAUCGAUAAUCUAUCCCUAUAAUGAUAACGAGAGAGUACACUCAUUUUUUCAAUAUAAAUAUAUAUAUGAAGAAGUAUAUAUAUAUAUACAUAUAUAUAUACAUAUAAAUAGAGAUAGUUAUAUAUCUAAUAUUAAGGAAUACUUGUUUAGAUCUUAAGUGAUUCCCCGUCGUCGUGGUCCCGCGAUGCGACUGCACACCUCUCUUACGAAGGAAUUAAAAAAAAAAAAACAAGAGUUCUAUCUAUAGUAAAAUAAAAAGUAAAAAAAAGCAAAGAGAAAAAUAUGGCGUUUACGCAUCCGGUGGUGCGGUGCACGUCCGGCGAGCUUCUUCCGCACGCCGGAAAUGCCGUUCGUGGCCCGUAAACACAUAGCCGAACGCUUUCGCGGGAAGUCCCGCGUGUUUCUCGUUAAUCUGACCUUGUUUGAUUCUGGCAUAAGAAAGAGAACGUGUGAUUGCAUAAUCGGAUUCGCCAUUAAGUCGACUUACGUAGAGCCGAGUCAGAUCAACGCGAAUCAACUGCGAUUUCUCGAUACUCCUGCGUCACAUCGGCACCGAUGCUUGAAUCGUACGCAGGUGUCCGAGGGAGUAGCUCGAUCUAUAGAUCCCUUUUUCGUUCGACUCGUGUCGCGUUGUUUUUGUUCGUAUUCAUUUUUAUUUCCUCGCGCGGAUGAAAUCUGUUGAAGGAGAGAGAGUUUUUUUCCGAGGCGAGCGCGAGGCUCGCGGCGUGCGCCGCGAUUACGUGGUUACCAAUUUUGUUUUAAGUUGAGAGAUUAAGUUUACGUUACGAAUUAUUGCUGUAAAUGAGGGUGAAAGAGAAGGAAGGCGAGGAGGAGUAGAAGAUACAGAUGCGAGAACCCCGAAAGGGCUCGUCUAUCUGCGGUAUGAGCGAAUCGCGCAUCGGGCAUAGUUGCGUUUUCGAAAAUGCGAAAAACGAAUACUUCGCGUUAUAUUCACGAACUAUUUUAUUUAUAAGAGGCGACAGGGACGCGUGUGUAUGUGAGUAUGUGUGUGAGUGAAUGUUUGCGAGAAAGAGAGCGAGCUAGAGAAGAGAAGCAAUCGAUGCGAGGAAACAGAAUACGAAUUCGUUUGUGACGGAAAGGAAAACAGGAAGGAUGAGAGGAAUGUAUUUGUGCUUGCGGAUAUGCGCGUGGAAAA